AUGGACUUUUGCGAGUCACCUUCCUUUAUAAGAACCAUUAAUCAGAUCAAUGUACACAAUCCCACCACGAUUGUUCUACCAGACUUGCCUCGGAGAUCACAUAUUGAAAAGUUGAAGUUUGUUGUACACUCCAACGAUAUUGCAGAGCAUUUGGAAGGGGCCAAUUCGUCGUUGUUGAGGCAGGUUAGGGAAAUUUUAACCCACGAAAACACAAGCACGGCCACGGCUCUCAUAAACCACUACAUUUGUGACGACGUGAACCCAGCAAGAACGGGGCUGGAGCUUGCCCAGUUGAGAGCCAAUGCAGUGAAGAAUGGGAUCAAUGGGCUUUUGGAUGUGUCACGGAGCGUUAGGGAAACGAUUUUAGAGCAAGUUUCCGAGUAUGUCCAGAAUCUCUCACUUGAGCACAACUUGGCGCUUGACUACAGGUAUGAAAGCUGCAGAGGUUUCUAUUUGAGAAUCAAGUUCCAAAAUGAUUUGAGAGCUCCCGAGAUCCCCAAUGAGUUGGUCAAUUGCGUUGAAAAAAAGAAUAUGCUUGAAUGCACUAGUGUCGACUUGUUGAAGCAAAGCUCCAGACUCCAUGAGAUUUUAUCAGAAAUAACAACGUUGAGCACGAUAAUUUUGCAAGACUUGUUUGAGCAGUGUCGCGAAAAUGCGCCCAUCUUUCUCAUGAUUUCCGAAGCCGUUGCCACGCUUGAUCUAUUGUGCUCUUUUGCCGAGUUUAUUUCCGCGCAGAAACAGUGCUACGUGUGUCCUGAGUUUGGCGACUAUCUUCAUGUGCGCCAGUCACGGCAUCCGAUCUUAGCGGAAAAGAUACCUUGCUUUGUACCAAAUGACUAUUCCUGCGUGCCAGAGAUUUCCAGAUUCCAAAUAAUCACGGGUGCCAACAUGAGUGGGAAAUCUGUUUAUCUCAAGCAGUUGGCUUACAUCGUCAUAAUGGCGCAGAUGGGGUUGUACGUGCCGGCAGAGUACGCGACAGUGCGUAUUCAAAAAAGCUUGCUCUCGAGAAUACCUUCGGAUACAGCUGAGAUUAAUGUUUCUUCAUUCUCCAAUGAGAUGAAUGACAUGAAAAGAAUCGUGGCUAAUGCAAACAGGGACAGUUUGGUAUCGAUUGACGAGCUUGGAAGAGGCACAAGUCUCAAGGACGGAUUUUUCAUCUGCUUGGCAACAUCGACCCAUUUUCAAGAGGUUGCGGAAAUAUUGAGCAACAAAUCGUACGUGCUAGCGUCUCAUAUGCAGAGUGUCGAAGUGAAUGGAAAGAUGACACUAGUGUACAAGUUGCAGCCGGGGGAAUUAGACCUCACGGGCUAUGGAAUCAAGCUUGCCGAGUCGUCGAGACUACUUCCCGUGGAUAUGAUUCAAAGCUCCAAGAUUAUAGCUGAAAAGCUCCGCGCUCGUGCUCAAAGCCCGGAAAAUUCGGCAGACAAGUUGCUUUCAAGGAGACGGAAAUUGAUCUGGGAGCUAUAUUUUGCCUUGACUCAGGUGUACAAUUUGAAUUGCAAUCCGACUUAUAAGAUUGAUUUGUUGAGAACGCCACAGGCAAGAUUUGUCGAAGAAAUUAGCGGUGGGCCUCUGGCGUCGUAG